UGUGUCAGGCCGUCAUGUAUGAUGCUUAAGAUUUCAAACGCCCUGUCCACAGCCAGGAAGACGAUGUUCGGACAUUACUGUUUAGUAUUUGUUGCUAUCGGACACCUUUACAGUGUAGAAGCAAGUGUAAUUCGCCAUCUUUCGCAUUUAAUCACACACAAUCGCUCAGUGGCAACAGAAGAGUUGGACUUGCCACAAAGAAGAGAACGCAGCCCGUCACAAGGCUCUUUCUUGACGUCUCUGCGCCCGUCCCAGAAUUAUGUGGUCAACAAAGCUCCAGCCCCAGCGCCGCUGAUAGACACCGAGGAAGGAAAUUACUUCGAGGGAGACAUUAUAUUGCGGCCGGAGCAGCAGUUGAGCUCAGUGCAGAAGAAGCUGAUGGAAGGUAAAGGGGCGAGAAUGCUAUGGCCCGGCAGGACUUUGUACUAUGACUACAGUCAUGAGUUCAGUGCUCAGCACGUGGCAAUUAUCGAAAGUGCGAUUUCCGACUUGCAGCGUGAGACGUGCGUGAGAUUCGUACGCAGGACCACUGAGCCUACUUACAUUCUUCUGCGGAACACAAAUCGAGGGUGCGCAUCUCAGGUUGGCUAUCAUCCAAUAGGGAGCGGAAUUGAUCUUUACCUGAGUUCUCCUGGUUGCCUAAAGACUGGCACCAUACAGCACGAGCUGCUGCAUGCCUUAGGCUUCUGGCAUGAACAUACUCGACCUGACAGAGACAGGUUCAUCAGCAUCUUCUGGGACAACAUCAUAUCCGGAAGAGAGUUGAAUUUCCGGGCUCGAUCUCAUUAUGAGCCCCACGAAUGGCUGCCGUACGAUUACCAUAGCGUCAUGCACUAUCGAGCCGUCGCAUUCUCCAAAGACAGCAUCAGCGCCACCAUUGUGCCGAGAGAUCACAAAGCUUUUUUCACUAUUGGGCAGCGUGUACGUUUCAGCCCCAUGGACCUGGCGAAACUGAACGUACUCUACAAAUGCGGCUCCAACUAUUAUAAAGGAAAUGACAUGCUCGUAGAAUCUCCACUUCCGGAGUCUGAAAAUGUCGUUUCUUCUAACGAGAAGCCAUUUUCUGGUACAGAAAAGGAGACUUCCUCUUCGAAGUCUAAGGAAGACAUCUCGUCUGAAGAAGAUUUAUUUUCUAAGUCUGGUACAGAAAGAGAUUUGUCAAAUUCGAAGCCGUCUGAAGAAUAGUUUUAAGCGUGGUUAAAUCUGAAAUGGAGACAAAGACGAUACAGCGAUUUGUUGUGGGCGAGGUCUCUUAACAGUCUGCUGAAGACACUGGACAAACGCGAGGUAUUCUUCCCCACAUUCUCAAAAUUACUCUUAUUGUCCCUAUAAAGUCUAAUACUACGAUGCGACUUCCAGUCUUCUCUCUGCUCUGUCCACCUCCUGUUCAUCUUGAAUGCUUUUUAUCAAAGUCUCGCUCUUCCUGUACUCCUUCCUGGUGGCAUCCACCCCACAUUCUGUUAGGACCGACCAUCUGUUGUCUGCCAUUCUUUGGACAUGUCCAUACUCUGUUAACUGUUUCAUUUUAGAUCGUCCGAAAUAGAAUUUUGUAAAAUAAUCUUUUGCAUAAAAAAACAAAAAUUUAGAAUUAUGUUAUUAAAAUUCGUGAAUUACUGAUAAUGAAACAGGGAUAAAACGUUUAUUUGCUGUUUAAAUACUUAAAAAGUAUGUCCUUUUUUGUCAGAAAAUUUAUGAGACAAAGGGGAAGGCAAUAAUACUACCAGUGCAUUAAGAGUGCCACCAGAAGCUAUGUUCCUGGAAAGGAAAACACUUCGUAUAACAAAAAUAAAAAAAAAAUCAAUUGUCUAUGUAGCGCCUGUAAGUUAGAUUUGAACUAGAAAUUCCAGUAAUACUUUUUUACGAAGUUCUCUGCAGGUAUAUUUUUAUGAAUAAUUUACAGACUGUCCGAAUCCUGCAAGCGUUAACCUAACGUAUGCAGCUUUUAAGAGUUUGGCGUAAAACGUCUUAACAACUUCCUAAUUAUCAGUGCUAAUUAACCCCAAGUGUGUACCCGGAAAUUAGGAACAGAGCGCAGGCUCGUAUUCACUUGAAGGAAGAUAAUUUUGUUGUCACACUGUUGAUGUUUCUCGAGUCGAAAUAGAUCUGGGUUGAGAUUAUUUCGAGAGAAGUGAGAUACGCUCCCACAUGCAAAUAAUACGCUUUGAAUUCGUGAGAGCAGAACAGUUGAGAGCAAGGCCGAAUUAAGUCCACUGCUCGUGUAUUCCUGUGUGUUCAUACACGAGGACGUCUCACUGACUACGGAAUUAACGAAAGAGUCUUAGGACCGAGUAACCAAAAACCAUGACUGCCCGCUUCCCCUCCUCUGCAGUUUAUACCGGGGGCAAUUUCUUAAAUCAUUUAACGAUGCUGUUUAAACUGAAGACAUUAUAUUGUGUUGAAUUAUGGAUAGGUGAUCAUGAACGAUUAAUAAGUGAGGGUUAGGAAGGGACAGUCGUGGAAUGUUUUAAAGAACUAUCCAGUCACUCACCUGGAGUGACUGAGGAUUACGACUAUUACACAGCUGAAUAGCUUAACGACGACGAAUGGCAAAGGUGAAUGAUGAUUUAUUUCAGAGGAAACGAUUAUGAGACUUAACAGAAUUUGUUCAGAGGAACGGAAGAGGUACACAAAGGAUGUCUGAACAUCCAGUCUCUAGGGCGAGAUUUAGAAACGUAACCUCCAGAAUACGAAGCGACACGGGAUUCACAUGCGAAGUGGAAAAUGUUUCCGCUGCAUCAAACCGUUUGAUUACGGUUUUCUGUUCCGUGACUCUGCAAUUAGAAUUGAAAUGGGCUACACCCGUUUCAUAGGAGCUGAGCCACUGUUGCAUUGCGAGCAACUGAUAAUUCAGUAGCUUCCGGACGUGUGGCGUGCAGGGACUUACUGGGACUUGAGGCUGAAGGCCCCGAUUGGCGUCUGGAAUGAACGAGCCACGGGUGUGUGUUCGUGAAGGACACUGCAGGCUCUUCUCGAUAUCAGAUGACCCGUGAGCGCUGUCUUAUUUCAUGUGGAAAGAUAACAUUGAUUUUAAGAAACAAUAUGAGAGUGUGGAUUGGGUUCAUGUUGCUCUGAAUAUGGUCCUGAAGCGGACUCUAUUGAAGAUGUUAAUUAAACUUCUGAUUCCAUGAAAGCCUUAAGAUUUAUUGAUCAACCGAGCAACUGAGAGCUUAUCAUGCUCAGUGGAGCAAUACACGGAAAGGCAAGAUCAUUGUAUUAUUUUGUAAAUGUGUUUGCCCUGUUAUA